CCCGGCCCGCCAGCCCUCCCUGCUGCAGCGCCCCGAAUUGAGCCAUGCUCGGCCGCCAGACUCCUUGUCGCCCCCUCCCCCUAGCCCCCCUCCUCCUCCUCCUCCUCUUCCUGGCCUCCCCGGCCACUCCGGGGCCCAAGGAGAGUGACUUCUACAACUUCAAGGUGGUCAAUAUCAGGGGCAAGUGGGUGUCCCUGGAGAAGUACCGCGGCUCGGUGUCACUGGUUGUCAAUGUGGCCAGUGAGUGUGGCUACACAGACCAGCACUACCGAGCCCUUCAGCAGCUACAGCGGGAACUGGGCCCAUACCAUUUCAAUGUGCUGGCCUUUCCUUGCAACCAAUUUGGCCAGCAGGAGCCAGACACCAACAAGGAGAUUGAGAACUUUGCCCGGAAGACUUAUGGAGUCUCCUUCCCCAUGUUUAGCAAGAUCGCUGUCCGUGGUACUGGGGCCAAUGCUGCCUUCAAGUAUCUGAUUG